AGCACCUUCUCCUUCAUGUCCUCCAAACAGGAUGUCUUCUGGUUUGCUCUCUUCCACGUCAUGGUGCUCUGUGAGAUGUUCUUUAGAAGCUAAGCGUUGCUUCAUACCGAGCUCCUUGGUCUCCAUGAUGCUCAUAAUGCUCUCCACAGAACACACAACAGACAGGUGGACCCUAGCCACUAAUCAUGUGACCAGUCAUGUGACCUGUGAAGACAAUUGGGGGCACCAGGUCUUUGUGGGGGGUUCACAGAUGCACUCACCCCUUUUUACAGCAGGACGAAGACGAGAAGAGGACAGUCGACCGAGGCAGACGGAGCAGGAAGCAGCACAAAGCAUCAUGGACGCUCUGAAGAAGGGACUCUACAAGGCGAAGGACGGCGUGGUGUCCGCCGCCGAGAAGACGAAGGCUGGCGUGGGGGAGGCCGCUUCCAAGACCAAGGACGGGGUCUUCUACGUCGGAAACAAGACGAUGGAGGGAGUGGUGACCGGGGUCAACACAGUCGCUCAGAAGUCCAAUGAGCAGGUCGACGCUGUUGCCGACACGGCGGUUGCCGGGGCCAACGAGGUCGCCCAGGCCGCGGUGGAAGGGGUGGAGAACGCCGCGGUGUCAAGCGGAUUCGUCAGCGCAGACGCCCUCCCAAAAUCAGCAGCAGGUGGAGAACCGACUGAACGGGCUGCACAGUAGAAUCUCGUUCUCACCAACCUGCUGGCACUUCCUGUUUCUUCCUGUCCAAUGAGCAACGAGAGAUGAGGAACCCCACCUGCUGCACCACGACCUCUGACCUCUGUCUGCAUCCACCAAUAGACACAUUCCACUUCUGUUGCCCUGGUUACCCCGCCACAGCAUCCAACGCAUACACUCAAAAUCACUAAUGGCUUUGUUUGGGCCGCACCGUCGAUUGGUUGGUUUACAAUGACAUCACGCCCCCUGCAGAGGCUCCGCCCCAUCCUACUGUAAACGACCAAGCUGAGCCCGCCCCCUUUUGAAUGCAUGUUGCUUUACUGACUCACACUUAAGAUCCUAGAAAAAUACAAAUGAAUCCUUAACACACACACACACACCUGUAGU